AUGCGGGAGCAGCCCAGCGUGGUGCUGAGCGUGGCGCACACCGUGGCCGCCCGCAUGUCGCCCUUCGUGCGCCAGAUGGACUUUGCCAUCGACUGGAUGGCCGUGGAGGCCGGGCGGGCGCUCUACAGGCAGGGGGACAAGUCCGACUGCACCUACAUCGUCCUCAACGGGCGGCUGCGCUCCGUCAUCCAGAAGGGCAGCGGCAAGAAGGAGCUGGUGGGGGAGUACGGCCGCGGGGACCUCGUGGGUGUGGUGAGCUCUGGGCUGGGGACACGACCUGGGGACAACCUCGGGCCUCCACUUGAGGCUUUGAGAUUUGGAGCUGUGGUGGUUUGGACCUUGACCCCGUGCCCCCCUCCCCCAGGUCCCACCCUGCUCCUCACCAGCGACAUCAUCCGCGCCCGCCUCGGCUCCUCGGCGCUGGACAGCAUCCAGGAGUACCGGCUGUCGGGGUGGCUGGCGCAGCAGGAGGACAUCCACCGCAUCGUCCUCUACCAGACCGACUGCACCCUCACCACCUGGACCCUGCGCUGCUUCCGCCAGGCCGACUGCAUCCUCAUCGUGGGGCUGGGAGACCAGGAGCCCGAGCUGGGCGAGGUCAGCUGGGGGCAGGGGAGGGGCACGAGGGGGCACUGA